ACAAAGUGGAUACGGCAUUAGCCAACACUGCUGCACUUAGUUUAUUUGGGCUUUUGUCCGCGGAAAAGGAAACUUGCUUCAAGGCUCCAAUACAACUCCAAACGCGAAAAUUAUUAUGCGCCAGCUCCACGAUGCUCAACUACAUUAGAGAAACGAUCAUGGCACCGACAACACGCAGCAGCAAAAACAACAAGAGCAGUAGCAACUGUCCACUGCAAGCUCCCAAGGACGUCGAAGGCUCAUCAACAUCCAAGGAAAACUCAGCAGCUGCUCCUAUGCGUGGCUAUAAGGUCACUGAUAACGAACGAACCAGAAAGUACGGCAUCGGAGCCAAUUCCCUGGGAAUGCUCCUAGCCAAGGCGAACAACAAGUUUCCGCUAUCCGAAUUACACUUGUAUCUGGCGUCCGAUGGCUUUGAGGUGUCCGAUGACGAGUACUUGGAAAGCUUGCCACCCCAGACGCUGUUCAUAGCCGCUGGACCGGAUGCAGUCAUUACAACCGAUGCGGACUUUGAGUUUGAGAAGAUGCGACAGCAGUCCCCACUUCUCAAAGUGGCCGACAUUUUCUACGAGUUUAUCGAAAAGCAUCCGGAUAAAUUCCGCCGCAUGAUCACGGAUUACGAGCUCCAAAAGCAGCGCCGCGUCCUCGACAACACCAAGGCCCACCUCAGCCUGAAGGCCGAGCAUAUGGAGUGGUUCGAGGGCGGUGAAGAGCGCUUCCAUUCGAAGGAAGAGGCCAUGGCCAUGCGGGCGCAGACACGUGUGCGCGGCUACUACUACAAGGCCAAGGAGGAGCUAACCCGCAAUCCUUUGUACCGGCAAAAUGCCAAGGCGCGACAGGUGAUCAAUUCGGUGCUGGAUCAGUUUCGUUACCUUCUCAUAGGCUGCGACUACUUCUCGAUGAUGUUCGAUAGGAGAUGCAAGCAGAAGCACGACUUCCUCCAGCAGCUCCAGCUUGGUGAAGAGGAGACAGAUGCGGGCAGCAUUUUGCCCAGCAAGAGACUGCGUCAGGUGAUUAAGGAAUACACCAAGGAGAACUCCAUACUGGAUGAGUGGUCGGUGGCCCUGUGCACAGACUUGGGUGAUUUCUACUGUCAGGGUUCCUAUUCGGAGAAUGGCAAUUGCUGCCCCAUGCAGCACACCAUAAAUCCGUAUGCAUCGCGCGAGAAUCUGAUAUUGUUUCAGGUGUGGAAUCUGGAUCAUCAGAUCGAACUCUGCCGCACAAUUCUGCCUGCCCUGGUGGCUAAUGUUGAGGACCUUGUAAGCCAGCCGCAGCGGAAUUGCUUGUUGCACAAAAAACGAGUAGUUGACAUCUCGGUAUUAGAGUAUUUCCUGGAAAUUUUUUCACUUAAAAAUCUUAAGCUUGUUCACAUUGUCUGUCACGAGAAGGUGCAGCGAACGAAUCGUUCCAACGGUCGCCUGGUGUGCCCCGACUGUCACGAGUUUCGCAUUGUACAGGAGCUCAUGAAGCUGCAGGCAGCAAGUCCAACUUAGAUGACAUAAAACUUCCACUUAGCCAAGCAAUAUUGUAAACAAUAACUAUACAUUCUUUCCAAUUGAACGAGUUAUUUGUACAAAUCAAAAGAAUCUCAAAGUUAACUAGAAACUGAAUUGUUAAAAGUAUUUACAUGUAAACUGUAUAAACAAUGAUUACUCGAAUGCAUUUAAUGUUUAGCAGGCUUAGCAGACUACUAGUAUAACGUGGCUAUGCAAUAUAAUAUAUAGCUUUAAAUGUUCGUUGUCCUGUUGGCGUUACAUCGAUCAGCAAGUCCAAACUAUGAAGUAUAUUAACCCAUUAUAAGCAUACAUCAUUGUUAGAUGCAUGUUAAUAGAAGUAAGCAUAAAUAUGUAUACGCAUAUGUCGAAUUUAAAAUUGAACGACGCAAUAAAUAUGUCUCCGUUCCACACUGAAUAUCAAAUAAAUCAUUUAUUUGUUACUUUUAACCUCGGUUAACCAAGUCUGUAAAAAUAAUUAUGUUAAUAUUUUAAUUCAUAACCUUUUUUUUUUUUAAUUUAUGAUUAAGCCCAACCAACACCUAGGACCCCUUUUAUUAAAACAAAAUGGAUUUAUUUACUACAAAUGUUUAUUGUAUAAAAAAAUAAUACAACACAAAAUAAAUUUGAUAUAGAUCUAAAAUGAUAAUAUUGAAAUACACUUUAAAAACAUUCGUAUGCAUACGAGGAGAAUAAAUAAUGAUGGAAAAAAUAAGAGAUAAAAGAUACGCAAAAUGUUCAAAGAAAUUAUGAUUUUCGUAAAUAACAAAUAUCUGUAAUAUAUCUUAUUAGUCGAGUUUGAUGUGUGUGCGCUUUCGUGUUAUCCGGAUACAUAUCAAGCAUAGUCGUUUCUUGCAUAAAUUUAUUCAUUUAGUUCUUGUUUCGUUUCGUUGUCACCUCACUGCACCUGCUCUUCGUCUUAACGUUUUAGGAUUAGUACAUAUUCGCUUUCGCUGUUUGUUUGUUUCGUAAUGUUGUUAAUAAUGUUUAGUGCUGCUAUCAAAUCGCGUUUAACAAAAAAACUCUCCUCUUCUCAGCUACAAUGGUCUCUGGGUUAGUUAGUGUAAAGAAAUUUUACUAAAAACUUGUUUUCGUUCCCAAGCUGCAAGAUUGUGGCGAUCCUUGGAGUGGCUGGUACUUAGACUAUA